AUGAGUAGUAUCGAUUUCACCAAGUUUGCAAACAUCGUGAACGGUGUACCUCGCACGUCCGACAGUUUCUACACUGGUACAAACGCGGCGACGGGCGACUCGCUGUGGCAGACUCCUGUCGCUACCAGCGAGGAUAUCGACGAUGCGGUUGCUGCUGCAAGAAAAGCAUUUGGUCCGUGGGCGGCUAAAUCGUACAAAGACCGAACCGAAUUACUUGAAAAGUUUGCCGAUUUAUACGUGGCACAUGCAAACCAGUUUAUUGAGCUUCUGGGCGCAGAGACCGGACGAAGUGUUCAAGUGAAUGCAAUUGAGGUGCAUUGGGCGGCAAACUGGUUUAGAUAUCCAUCAAAGUACGAAAUCCCCGAGAAGAGACAAGAGGACGAGGGGAAAUAUACAGUCACCCGAUAUGAGCCCCUGGGGGUGGUGGCGGCAAUAUGUCCCUGGAAUUUUCCUCUAAUGCUCGCAAUUGGCAAGAUUGCUCCGGCGGUAGCUACAGGAAACUGUGUCAUUGUGAAGCCUUCGCCCUUUACUCCGUAUACAGCGUUGAAACUAGUGGAGUUGGCUCAGCAAGUAUUUCCUCCAGGAGUCAUCCAAGUCCUGGGAGGAGAUGAUCAACUGGGUCCCAACAUUGUCCGCCAUCCAGGAAUUCAGAAGAUAUCAUUUACAGGAUCAACAACUGCUGGCAAGAAAAUUAUGGAGGCCUGUGCCGGGACAGUUAAGAGGCUGACCCUAGAAAUGGCCGGUAAUAACGCAUCGAUCAUUCUUCCGGAUGUCGACGUUGAAAAAACUGCACCCUUGAUAGCUGCGGGCCUAUGGUUCAAUGCAGGUCAGAUAUGUCUCGCCAGCCGCCGAUUGUACAUCCACGAAUCCAUCUACGAGACCUUUGUCGACGCACUUACACGAGCCACAAACUCCACCGCCGAAGAUGUCGUGGCCAACGUCGGGCCUGUACAGAAUAAGAUGCAAUUGGAAAAGUUAAAGGCGUUGUUUGAAGAUAUGAGCAGCCGCGGAUAUAGAAUCAGAACGGAAAAGGCCGGGAUACGCGAUGGGCAAGGGUUCUACGCGUUUCCCACGAUAGUAGAUAAUCCGCCUUCUGAUUCGGUUAUUGUCAGGGACGAACAGUUUGGCCCCAUCAUACCAUGUGUCCCCUUUUCAGAUAUUGACGAAGCAAUCCGUCUCGCCAACGACACAGAAAGUGGGCUCGCGGCGAGCGUUUGGACGAAUCGACCGGAAGUUGCCGAGGACAUUGCGAAAAGACUAGAGGCAGGGAAUAUUUUUAUCAAUGGGCCUCCUCAACCAGAUCCGUUUGUUGCGUUUGGGGGACACAAGCAGAGCGGAAUCGGGGUUGAGUAUGGGCUUGAGGGACUGUUGAGCUAUUGCCAGAUCAAAUCGAUAUACUAUUAUCGGUGA